AUGGACGCCGCACCCGAGCACGACGCACCACCGGCACCGGCCCCGCCGCCAACCCUCAAGGGCCCCGACGUCGUCUCGACCUCGUCCCUCCCGACCCCGCCGGCCACCUACGCCGUCGAGCCCGCCGACGCUCCGGCCCCCGAUGCACCGCCCGCCCCGCAGCCGCCAGCGACGGCCGACUCGCCUGCGCCCGCCGUCGCUCACGAGCAGCCGCACGACGCUCCGCCCCCGCCCCCGCUGGCGCCCUUGCCCGCGCACCUCGGCCUCCCCGCCAAGCUCGAGCACCGCGACAGCGCGAGCAGCCUCGCCGCUCAGCCGCCGACGCCCGCCCCGGUCGCGCCUGCGCCCGCGCCACCUGCGCCCGCCGUCGAGCCGCACCCUGCGCACGCGCACGACGAGGUCAACGGCGCGAUCGAGUCGUUCGUCGAGCACACGGGCGCGCACCCGGGCCUCGGCUCGCACCCGCUGUCGGCCCUCGACGAGCGCGCAGCCAACGGCUACGGCGACGCAGGCGACUCGAACGGCAUGUCGUCGGUCGACGUGCUCGCCGACGUCGCCAUGGGCGAGGCGGCGCUCGGCCUCGCCGACUUCGCGGCCGGCGCGGGCUCGGGCGACGUCAGCGGCGGGUCGCCGAGCCUGUCGCAGUCGGCCGCGACGGGCGCCAUCCCCGAGUCGUCGCCGGCGCUCAAGCGCACCGCAGACGAGGCGGCGUACGGCGAGCAGGGCGGCAUGUUGGGCGAGUCGGCCGAGGAGCGCGAGGCGAAGCGGCCCAAGGUCGAGGACGAGCCGCCGGCGAUCCCGACCCCGGCCGUCGAGCAGCCGUCGCCCUAUCCCUCGGCCCCGGCGCCUGUUCCCUCGGGCCCCGAGGUCGUCGAGCCGUCACCGGCCCCGUACUCGUCGCUGCCGCCUGCGAGCGCGCCGUCGGCCUCGCCGGCGCCGACGCCCGUCCAGGGCUUUGACCCCUCGGCCUUCACCACGGCGCCCACCUUUGCCUCGUCUGCGCCACCACCUCCUGCGUCCGCACCUGUCGCCGCACCGACCAUGUCGCCGUCCGACAUGCACCACUACUCGCAGUCGCCGCUCGGCGCUCCUCCUCCCGCCGCCCAGUCGUCGUCCGCCCUUCCUCCCGCCAGCUCGUCGGCGCCGUCGCCCGCCCACUACGGCACGCCCGGCGCGUACGCGCAGCAGCCGCAGCCUCCUGCCGCCGGCGAGCAGCAGCAGCAGCAGCAGCAGCAGCAGCAGCCUCAGCAGCAGGAGGAGCCCGUCGCGUCGACCUCGGCCGCCAAGCCCGAUCCCGACGCCGAGGGCUCGCCCGCGCCUGUCGAGCCGGCGCCGAUGCACAUCAUCACCAAGGAGCAGCAGAAGUUCGCCAUCAACAUGGUGCGCAACCUCAAGCGCAACAAGAACGCGCCGCCGUUCCUCAAGCCCGUCGACGCCGUCGCGCUCCUCGUCCCCGACUACUACAAGAUCAUCACGCAGCCGAUGGACCUCGGCACGGUCGAGGCGCGGCUCCAGGCGACGGGGCGCGGCAUGCAGGCGGCGGCCAAGGCGGGGCGCGUGUACGGCCUCGACUACAGCGAGGGCCGUGACGGCGAGGGCAGGUGGGAGGGCUCGAAUGCCGGCGAGGACGGCAACGAGCCGUACCGCACCGUCGCCGAGUUCAAGACCGAUCUCGACCGCAUCUGGGCCAACUGCUUCCGGUACAACGGGCCGCGCGAGAAGAACCCUGUGUCGGGCAUGGCGGGCGCCAUGGCCGACUCGGCGGAGAAGACGUACCGCGGCAUGCCUUUCGCUCCCGCCAUCUCUCCUUAUCCGCCCAAGUACGUCGAGCCGCCCAAGCCCGCCAUGCCGAUGCCGCCUCGUCCUGCCGAGAGCUCGCGCCCCAAGCGCGAGAUCCACGCGCCGGCCAAGGACCUGCCGUACCUCGAGAGCGCCGGCGUCGACGUGACGGCGGGCGGCAUCUACAAUCUGGCGGGCCUGCCCGGGUACGGCGGGUCGGGCGCGCCGCAGAAGAAGGUCAAGAGCGCGGCCAAGGUCGCCCAGGAGCAGAUGCGCUUCUGCAAGGAGGUCGUCAAGGAGCUCUACAAGAAGGUCCACGAGCAGUACGCCUACCCGUUCUACCACCCUGUCGAUCUCGCGGCGUACCCGACCUACCUCCAGUUCGUCAAGAAGCCGAUGGACCUGUCGCUCGUCCGGUCCAAGGUCGAGCACAACCAGUACCCGUCGCCGCCGUACGAGGCGUUCGAGCGCGACGUGCGCGCCAUCUUCCAGAACUGCUACGCGUUCAACCCGCCGCAGACGCCCGUUCACGAGAUGGGUCGUCGGCUCGAGACCGUGUUCGAGGCCAAGUGGGCCGAGCGCCCGAUCGCGUACGAGGACGACUCGGACGAGGAGGAGGACGGCCUCACGGCCAUGGAGCAGCAGCUCAACCUCCUGCAGCAGAACAUCGAGCUCAUGAAGGCCAACAAGAAGGCGCAGAAGGAGGCCAAGCGCUUCGCCCAGAUGCAGGCCCGCAUGCACGCCGCACCGCCUCCUCGUCCUCCUCCGCCCCAGAAGAAGCCGGCCCAGCAGCAGCCCUACCUCCCGUACGGCGCGCCGCCGCCGGCUCCGCCUCGGCCCAAGAAGACGCACAGCGGCGGCCCUCGUCCCGGCGGCGCGCCCAAGAAGCCCAAGCGCCGGCGCGACGACGACUCGGACGACUACUACGAGGACGACGGCGGCGCGUACUACGGCGGCGGCUCGGCGUCGACGUCGAGGCGGCACACGGGCGGCGACCUCGGCCACCACCACGGCGGGCACCACCAGCCCGUCAUGGAGGAGUACGUCGACUUCGAGAUGAAGCGCGAGCUCGCCGUCAAGAUCGUCGCGUUCGAGGGCGACCAGCUCGAGGAGGCGAUCAACAUCAUCCGCCGCGGCCGCCCGGACCUCCUCGGCGCCGCCAACCAGGAGAUCGAGCUCGACAUCGACCAGCUCGACCAGCGCACCCUCCUCGCCCUGUACCGCUACGUGUGCCCCGACUCGCAGCCGGCCGUGCGCGCCGUCGCGGCGGCGCCGCCGCCGCCUCGCGGCAACUCGUCCAAGCCGCCCAAGGGCGGUCCCGGGCGCAACCAGCGCAAGAACCUCGACGAGGAAAAGGAGGCGGCGCGCAUCGAGGCGCUCGAGGCGCAGCUCGCCCAGUUUGACAACGCCGGCGGGCCGCCCGGCGGCGACUUGAGCCGGCGCGGGAGCGAGACGGGCCUCGGCGGCGGCGGCGGCGACGGUGCCGUGCCACCGAACGCCGGGGGCGGCGCAGGAGGCGACCAGGCGAGCAGCGACAGCUCGUCGGACGACGGGAGCGACUCGGACUCGGACGAGGAGUGAGCGGCGGCGACGGUGUCUUUUCCCUUUCCUUCUCUUUCCCUUUCUCGCCCCGCUCGGGCACUCUAUACCCUCUUCCCCCACUCCCUCUUUACUCUCCCACCCUUUCCUACCCCUCCCCGACCGUACACACCCUCUCCUCCUCGGCGCUUUUGCCUCGUCCAGCCGUGCUUGCUCUCUCUCCCUCCCCCUCCCUCUCCCCCUGUUCGUCUCGUCGAUCUGUUGUGCCGAUAGCCCCCUCCUGAAACUCGUCGCAGUAGCAUUACCUCCCC